UUAUUCAAAAUGGACGUCGGUAAAGCGCUCAGCACUAAAAACCAAGCAUUUGGAAUACAGUCACUUUUAUGUUUUGUGGUUUUAUCUCUGGCAUGGAUUGUUGGAUUUGCGAGCCGUCUAUUUGCAGUGAUACGUUUUGAAAGUAUUAUUCAUGAAUUUGACCCUUGGUUCAACUACAGAGCUACCCAUCAUCUAGUUUCUCAUGGAUUUUAUAAUUUUCUCAAUUGGUUUGAUGAAAGAGCCUGGUAUCCACUUGGCCGGAUUGUUGGUGGCACAGUAUUUCCUGGUUUGAUGGUAACCUCAGCUGCACUUCACAGAUUUCUCAAUGUGUUGAAUAUCACAGUACAUAUCCGGGAUGUUUGUGUAUUCUUGGCACCAAUGUUCAGUGGUCUUACUGCAAUAGCAACAUAUUUUCUGACAAAAGAGCUAUGGAAUUCUCGAGCUGGACUAUUUGCUGCCUGUUUCAUUGCCAUAGCUCCUGGCUAUAUAUCUCGUUCGGUGGCAGGAUCAUAUGAUAAUGAAGGAAUAGCAAUAUUUGCAUUGCAGUUCACUUACUUUUUAUGGAUAAAAUCUGUCAAAACAGGCUCCAUAUUCUGGUCAGCAUCAGCAGCCCUAGCAUAUUUUUACAUGGUCUCCGCAUGGGGUGGCUAUGUUUUUAUAAUAAAUCUUAUUCCUCUGCAUGUGUUUUUCCUCCUUUUUAUGGGACGAUUUUCAAACCGUAUUUAUGUAGCUUAUUCGACCUUUUUUAUAAUGGGCCUGAUUUUGUCAAUGCAAGUGCCGUUCGUUGGUUUCCAGCCAAUCAGAACAAGUGAACAUAUGGCCUCCGCUGGCGUAUUCGCUUUGCUUCAAGCCUAUGCGUUCCUCAAAUUUCUCCAAGAUCACACGACAUGGGCUGAAAUACAACACUUCUUUCAACUGAUUGUCGCGGGUGUUGCUGGCUUGGUUUUCGCUGUGGUUGUUUUACUCACGUAUUCUGGUUAUAUCGCACCUUGGAGUGGGCGAUUUUAUUCUUUAUACGACACUGGAUAUGCCAAGAUCCAUAUUCCUAUCAUUGCUUCAGUAUCAGAACAUCAACCAACCACGUGGGUGUCGUUCUUCUUUGAUCUGCACAUCCUCGCCUGUACAUUCCCAGCCGGACUCUGGUUUGUCGUCAAGAAAAUUAACGAUGAACGAGUAUUCAUUGUGUUGUAUGCUGUGACUGCGUCGUAUUUCGCUGGUGUCAUGGUGCGUCUUAUGCUGACACUAACACCGGUAGUGUGUGUACUGGCCUCAAUUGCUUUCUCAGUGACACUGGAUAACUACAUUCAUCCGGAUGUUACGCCAGUUGACGAGGGAGAGGAACAGGAAAAAGAAAGCGAAGAAGAACAACAAAAAGAAACAAACAAUGACAAGAAGAAGACACCUAAAGGAAAGGGAACAAAGCAUACCAAAAAGAAAGACCGACCGCCUUCUUUGUCUGCUCCUUCACCUAAAGCUUUGGAGGAAAAAGAAACCGAACCCAGUUCAUCUGCGUCAGCAACUAACCUUGGUGGAAUGGUAGUCAUGUGUAUAUUGAUGUUACUUCUCCUAUAUGCUGUUCAUUGUACCUGGGUCACCAGUAAUGCUUAUUCCAGUCCUUCUGUUGUCCUUGCCUCUACCAACUACGACGGGAGUCGAAAUAUUCUGGAUGAUUUCCGGGAGGCUUACUACUGGUUACGUCAAAACACUCCAGACGAUUCAAGAGUGAUGUCUUGGUGGGAUUAUGGAUACCAAAUUGCUGGAUUUGCCAAUAGAACAACUCUUGUGGAUAACAACACAUGGAACAACAGUCAUAUUGCUUUGGUUGGUAAAGCAAUGUCAUCCAAUGAAACAGCAGCUUAUAAAAUAAUGCGUUCGCUUGACGUUAAUUAUGUCCUGGUCAUAUUUGGUGGAGUGAUUGGCUAUUCUGGCGAUGAUAUCAAUAAAUUUCUAUGGAUGGUCAGGAUAGCCGAAGGCGAACAUCCCAAGGAUAUAAGGGAGUCUGAUUAUUUUACACCAAACGGAGAAUUCCGUGUCGAUGCUGCUGGUUCACCGAUCUUACUGAAUUGUUUGAUGUACAAAUUGUGUUAUCACAGAUUUGGCGAUUUACAGUUGGAUUUUAGGACUCCGUCAGGUUUUGACCGCACGAGAAACGUUGAAAUUGGAAACAAAAACGUCAAACUUACGUACUUAGAUGAAGUAUUUACGUCUGAACAUUGGCUUGUACGAAUUUACAAAGUAAAAGAUCUGAGCAAUCGUUACAGUAGUCAACUAAAGAGGCGAAUUACUAAUCAUGUGCCGAAAACUCGGUUUUACUCAAGAAAGACGAGUUCCAAACAGAAAGGAACUAUAAAGAAUAAAAUAAAACUCGUACAAGGAAAGAGAGUCGCGAAAAAAUUGAGGAAAUCUAAGACGAAGAAAGCAAAGAAAUCGACGUAAAAAGGCGACUAGCUGUUGUUGCUGAGAACAUUAUUGAUUUUAAAUUAGACCAUCAAGUGACUAUUAGGUUUAGAUUGGAGCGAAACGAUUCUUGUUAUUCGCUAGUAUUUCAAUUUUGAGGCAUUAAAUGUGAU